AUGACUGUCGACACAGGAAUGGCCACACCCGCCCACGAUUACAUUCCUGGCACGGUCCAUUUAGUUGACUUGCAAGGUACGAUCCAUGCUCGACAUGCUGAGGGAGGUAAACACGACAUCGUCCUUGUGCCUGCGCCGUCGGCCAACCCAGACGACCCUCUGAAUUGGACUCCACGACGCAAGCUCCUUUCUUUGUUCUGUCUCACAAUCUACAUCCUUGCCGUCGGUUACGCUUCCGCCGCUAUUUAUUCGGUCCUGGUGCCCAUCUCGGAAGCGACCGACCUUAGCGUUAGCGACCUUAACGCAGGGACAGGAUACAUGUUUCUCGCUUUCGGCUGGGGCUGUCUCGUAUGGCAGCCUCUUGCUCAGCAAUACGGGAAACGGCCUGUGUACCUGUUCUCAGUUCUGGCAACCAUGGCAAUCAUGAUCUGGGCCCCAUACACCACGAGCAAUGGUCAGUGGAUCGCCAACAAGAUCUUGCAGGGCUUCUUUGGUGCCCCCAUUGAGAGUCUCUGUGAAAUCUCAGUCUCUGAUCUGUACUUCACCCAUGAAAGGGGUACAUACAUGGGUGUCUACGCACUUUUCUUGGCCGGGAGCAAUUUCCUUGCCCCCAUAUUCUCCGGCUUCAUCAACGAUGGUCAAGGCUGGCAGUGGGUUUUGUUUUGGUGUGCGAUCUUCAACGGUGGCGCUCUCAUCAUCCUGUUCUUCCUGAUGGAGGAGACCAACUACCACCGUAAGCCUCUGCUGGCUGUUGAACCGGACGAUGAGAGCACGAUCGAAGAGACGGCCAUCAGUGCAGGAUCGAAGCCGGGAGACUCUGCCGACCCGGAGAAGACGGUGCAAAACAACCACAGCUCCGCGCAUGUUGGAGUAGGCCAUUCAGAGACAUUCCAAAAGAAGACGUACGUGCAGAAGUUGGCCCUCCUGCGCAAGGAAGACCUGCAGAGGAGGAACCAGUUGAGGGGCAUGUUCCUCCGACCGUUGAUCUUCGCGUCGAUCCCUGGCAUCGCCUUUUCGGGGUUUAUGUACGGCUCCAUCGUCUGCUACUUCAAUAUUCUGAACGGCACCUCUUCACUGAUCCUAGCAGAUGCGCCCUACAAUUUCCCGUCCAGCAUGGUGGGAUUGUCUUAUGUGUCGUGUCUGAUUGGUGUUCUUCUUGGUGCCUUUUACUCUGGUCCCAUCGGUGACAGGUUCAUCCUCUGGAAGGCCCGAAAGAACAAUGGCGUCAUGGAGCCCGAGCACCGCUUGUGGCUGUACAGUGCCCUGUUCAUCCUCAUUCCUGGCGGGUUCCUGAUCUGGGGCCCCGGAGCGGCUCACCAUAUCCAUUGGUUCGGUCUCGUCUUCGCCAUGGGCAUGCUCGCCGCCUCCAUCACCAUCGGUUGCCAGUUGCCCGUGAGCUACUGCAUCGAUUCCUACAAGGACGUCAGUGGUGAUGGCAUGGUCACGGUCAUUCUGAUCAGAAACACCAUGAGUUUCUCUGUGAGCUACGGGAUCACCCCCUGGGUGACUAACAUGGGCUACCAGAAUGCCUUCAUCACCGCCGCGUGUGUUGCCUUUGCCCAGAUCUCGUUAUUCUUGGUCUUUAUCAAAUGGGGCCGUCGGAUGCGGAAAGCCAGCGCCACCAGGUACCUGAAAUACGUUAAGCAGAUCGAGGAUGACGGGUUGGUACAUUGA